CGGAACUAUCUGCAAAGAUCACAGUGUGACGUAAACGACGAUCUAAACAAGUAUCAGCUGUGUAACAGUCAUUGUUCGUAUCCGUUUUGGCAGGCGUGCAAGAAUUCUGUUUUUCUUCGUUUUCUGAUCGUCGGUUAGCAGGUCCGACGGGAUAAACGGCAUACGCAUUGAUCAAGAAAAGAAGCAGAAAAAAGGGGGGAGGCUACGAGUUUUCCGUGCAACGCAACCGUGGCUGCGUGCGUGCUCCAGCCCCAGCCCCACCAACGAUCUUAGGGACAAUAAUCGUGUGAAAAACGGGGCGGUACGCGCAUAAGCCUGGCCUCGAGCAGCGAGUCAGACGACGGUGGACUCGCUCCGCCACCGUGCAAAAGGUCUCGUAGUUCUCUCCCGACUACUCUACGACCAGCGGACGAGCACCACACCGAUCCUGAGAUGGAAAACUAUCGCAUAAUGCAACAGCAGACUUCAAACGGUGGCAUUUCCUCCGGGCUGCAGCAGAAUGGUUCAACAGCUGACUCUGGUGGACCUCAUGCAAAUGGCAACAUGAUACCGGAAUCGGAUAAUGACAUCAAUGGUGUUAAUGGAGAAACAAAUCAGAAUUUGGGACCGCCGAAAAUAAUGGACAAAACCAAUCAAGAUAUUGUCAGACUUAUUGGACAACAUUUGAAGACAGUUGGACUGAAUCGUACAGCAGAUCUUCUCAUGCAAGAGUCCGGUUGUCGUCUAGAUCAUCCAACUGCUGCAAAAUUUAGACAACAUGUUAUGGAUGGAGAUUGGUCAAAGGCAGAGCACGACCUUAGUGAACUUAAAAUAUUCUUAAAUGGAGCAAAUCAAAGUCUAGUAGAGAUGAAAUUCUUGUUACUGGAACAAAAAUACUUAGAAUACUUAGAAGAAGGAUUAGUACUGGAAGCAUUGCAUGUCUUACGCAAUGAACUUACACCUUUAGGGCAUAAUACAGGUCGUGUACACCAGUUAUCUGCAUUUAUGAUGUGCAGUGGACGUGAUGAAUUACAGACACGUGCAGGCUGGGAUGGCAAAGGUGCAGUCUCGAGGGCUGCUUUAAUGGAUAGACUACAGAAAUAUCUGCCACCCUCCAUUAUGUUACCACCACGUCGCCUUCAUUCUCUUUUGUGUCAAGCUGUGGAAAUGCAAAAUCAACAAUGUACAUACCACGUAACACAUACUCAGGCAAGUUUAGAAAAUGUGUCACUGCUUGUGGACCACAGCUGUAGCAAAGAACAGUUCCCGUGCCAUACUCUACAGGUGCUCAAUAAUCAUUGUGAUGAAGUGUGGUAUUGUAAAUUUUCUCCUGAUGGUCGUAAACUAGCUACAGGUUCUAAGGAUAUGACUGUAAUUAUUUGGGAUGUUGAUCCAGAAACAUUGAGAGUAACUCAUAGAAAAACAUUAGAGGGUCAUACUUAUGGAGUAGCAUUAAUUGCUUGGAGUCCUGAUAGCAGUCUUCUAAUUGCGUGUGGACCUGAAGAUUGUCCAGAGCUUUGGCUUUGGAGUAUUGACCCACCUGAUUAUGAACUACGUGCAACAGUAACCCAAAGUACUGAUGAUUCACUUACAGCUUGUGCUUGGUAUCCUGAUUCACGUAAAUUUGUAGCUGGAGGACUUCGUGGCCAGUUCUAUCAAUUUGAUAUUGAAGGUAAUGUCUCUGAAUCAUGGGAAGGAGUUAGAGUAAAAUGUCUGUGGUGUAAAAAUGAUGGAAAAACGGUUCUUGCUGCUGAUUCGCAUCAUAGAAUUCGGGGAUAUAAUUUUGACGAAUUAUGUGACUUUACAAUAUUACAAGAAGAUCAUCCUUUGAUGUCCUUUAGUGUAGAUAAAGCAGAUCGACUUGCGCUUCUUAAUGUGGCCAAUCAGGGUGUACAUCUUUGGGAUUUACAAGAUAGAUGUUUAGUAAGACGUUUUCAAGGUGUUACUCAAGGACAUUUCACAAUCCAUAGUUGUUUUGGUGGUGUAAAUCAAGAUUUUGUUGCAUCUGGUAGUGAAGAUACUAAAGUCUAUGUGUGGCAUAUCAAAAGGGAAUUACCUAUAGCAAUUCUAACAGGACAUAGUAGAACAGUAAAUUGUGUUUCAUGGAAUCCAGUAUAUCAUCAAAUGAUGGCUUCUGUAUCAGAUGAUUGCACAGUGAGAAUAUGGGGACCUAGGUCAUCUUCUCCAGAAAAAGUUGAUAGUGACAAGACUGUUCCAUUAGAAAGUAACUCCUCAAAUGGUAGUGGAUGGCAUGAAAUGGUAUCGUAGCGUACUACAGUAUAUCAGUGUUCCCAUGACCUCAUGGUGUUCAAAAGACUGUCAUAUUGAUUGUCAUACUGACUCUUUCCUGCCCCAGCAGCUAUCUCUUUAUGCCUCAUUACUGUAAGUCUGGGUAAAUGACUACUAUUGAGAGUAAAAGAGAGAUGUGUUAGCAUUAUGCUAAUUCAUUAAAUAACUAAUAAUCAGGAGUUAUUUGAGAAUCAAUCUUUUCUUUAUUACCAGAUUUUAUAUACAAUCUUAUGGUUUACCUGUUUGUCAAAAUUAAAUUUAAAUGAUUUAUCAAUAUGAAUUAAUGGUGUAAACUUUUGCAAACAAAAACAGCAUAAUAUAUGUUGGCUAAUAUAAGUUAUGACAAAAUAGAAUUUCAACAAAUUCCGUCGUAGCAUUGAUGUAAAGAGAAAAAUUAAUGUGCAUUAAUAAGCAUAAAGUAAAAAACAUUGCAGCGAGAUAUAAAAUUUAUGAUUUCGUGAGACUAUUAUCAAAAAAAGAAACCUUGUUUUGACAAAAACUGUGUCAGAUUUAAUCUUUCUAAAAAUAAAAAGCUGUAAAUAACAAUUUCGUGCUUAAUGAAUUUCUAAUUAAUUUUGUUAAUCAUUGAUGAGGAUGAUAUCAUUCUCAUCUUUCACUAUAUAUGUAACUGCCAUCUUACAUUGAUAUUGUAUGUUUCAAAUUGUAUACAGAUGUCGUAAAUCAUCAUUAAAGAUGUAGAAGUAAUACGAAUAUUAUAUGGAGAGAAAUUUAAUUUCAGUAAAUAAUUUGAUGAUUAAGUGAGAUAAAUUAUGGAGUUUAUAAACAGUUUGAACUCUGUUAUGAGACGUACAGAUUGACGCGAAAUGAGUCAGAAAUUAAAAAAUUCAACGAUUUUAGUAUAAAAAGAAACAAACUCGAUUUGUAUGUGAAAGUUGAGCAUGAAUCCUGAUAUUAGUACCUUUAUUCAGUACUGUGAUUUUAUAUUAUUAAAAUGUACGCACUGAAUGUCAAAAAUUUAUAAAUAUUAUAUUUGCCUUAAUAUUUUCACGCUCAUAAAAAUUUUAAUAUAACAUUGGUAGAAUAACAUAGAUUUUGAACAUUUAUUUUAAAACAUUAGUUCCUUGAUAUAAAUCAAAUAUCUGUAUAUGUCGCAUUUCAUUUAUUACUAGUAUUUUGACUUUUAUUAUUAUAAAAUAACAAUAACUAUCUUUUAUAACUAUAAUAAUAUCUAGAAAUUUUAAAUCAAAACUAAAGACAUAUGCUAUGAAUAAUUGUUAUUUUGAAUAUAUGUAACAUUACAGCAUCUUCUAACACUAUACUUAUUACAUUUUUACUUCAUACAUCAAUUUUCGUUUUAUUCAUAGCAAACUAUACAAUUUGCCAUUCUCCACCUUUUUAAAAUGAUUUCCUUACUAAUAAACAAAAAAAAAAAACAUACAUAAUGUAAAUUAAAUUCUUUCUUUUUUUCUAAUAUGGUAACAUUAAAUAAUAUACUAUAAAAUAUAAUCACAAAUAAAAAUAUAAGAAUAUUCAAACACUUACUUUUCCUCUGUUGGUUUUGUUAUCAAACAAUGAAAACCAAACUGGAGGUUUCACAGUAUCAGAAGUUGUAGAGUAUGUGUGUACAAAUACAUUCAGAACAAAUAAUGUUACAAACACGUUUACAUAACAAGAGAAGUUUACAUGCAAAGGAAAUGUCUGUAGUUUAUGCCCCUGAAAUUGUAGUGAGAUAAUAUGAUACCAAUCACUAUUAUCAUUUGCAUUUACCUGUGGUGCCUUAGCACUUUGUAAUCUAAUUAAAAGUUUCCAGGACUUUUUCAUAAUUUGGUAUAGUUUGCAAUAUAACAAACAAUAAGUGAUUAAUUUUGCUUAAAAGAAAUCGUAUUGUUAGCUAGUAUGCUUUACAAGCCGCCACGAAAGACUUUUUCUCUAUUAAAAAUAUUUUUUGUGUCUGAAACUCUAUGUUUCUUUGGAGCGGUAGUAUUGUGGAAUUCUUUAAGUACAUUCCAAGGUUGCAGACAUUUUGCAUUUAAGCAUUGUCCAGUGCUGCUAGACGGUUAUUACAUGCUUGAAAGCAAAGUACGUAACACAAGUACCAAAUUGUCGGAUCUUGCAUUGUGGCAACAACAACAAAAUGAAAGUUAAAUUUUACGGAGUUUGUAAAACUUCCAUCAUUCUUAAUAGGUAGUGAUGUUUUAAGAUAUUCUUCACAAAUUGAUACUCCUAAAAACAAGGUAUUUGUAUGCUCUGAUAUAAGCAUCAUAUGUAGAGUAUAUUUGUCAGUUUUUAUCUACGAGCCUCUAAAUAUAAAAUUCAUAGCCCUACUAAAAUAUACUAUUGGUAAAGACAAAUUUAUUAUUGAAAACAGCAAGGUUAUAAUAUACAAAGUUGAUAUAAUAAUCUAGAAAUAAAGACAUAAUCUAAAAAGGAAUAACGUUAAAAGUGCAAUAUGGAUUCUCCUACGCUAAUAGAAGGUAGUUUACCAGAUCGUAUUAGUAAAAGAGAUCGUGAAAGGAAAAA